GAGACGCGAUAUGAAAGUAUUUGAAUAUUUCUCCUUUAUCGCGUACGGAUGAAUCACUUUCGGUUCGGUCGCGGUCCAACCGAAUCCCGAAUCACCGUGUUCCUCUCUCGGGAUCUCCGUCUCGAGGAACCGUACGAUGAUACGUUAAAGUUGUCAACAUUAUUGUGGUGUGCCAUGUUAGCCGCGAAGGUCGUGUUCCCGGUGCUCUUCCUCGUGAGUCUCGUGUCGGAGGCGAGGUAUCAUUCCCGUCUCUCACGCGUAUUCCGAUCGAGCGCGUGGGACCGCCUCACAGAGGAACAGGAUUGGUACUUCGAGCAAUGUCGUUUCGUGAACGCGUGGAAGGAGCAUCUUGGCCAUGUAAGCGUGCUGGCCUUCCUGGACCCAGCCUGGCAGUAUAGCUUCCGACAGGCGGUCAUGCUGGAGCUGCUAAGCUCGCGUUUGCGGAAGUCCGAUUUCCCGGACAUACAAUUCUUCGUGAUAAGCCCGUCCUCCGAUUUAAAAGACGAUAAGAGCGAGAACGAUCUCGAGAUCGAGGCAUGGCGGGAGAUUGGAGCAAAGUAUGAAAUGGAGAAUUUUGUGAAUAGUGAUUUUCUCAAAAAUAAUGGAACGGAGAUCAUCUUUCUGCAGGACGAUCCGCAAUCUCGUAUAUGGGAGAGAUUCCGAGCGUCAAGGGAACAUGCGGUCAUCAUCGAUCGAUGCGGAAAGUUGACAUAUCACGUGAUAGUGCCAUGGAGUAUUCUGUUCUUUCCUUACGUAAAAGCGGCUAUAUUAUCCACAUAUAUGGAUGACCCAUGCGGCGGAUGUAAUCCAGCCGUCUAUCAAGCGUCAAAUCACGAAAACCAUGUCGUGGAAUUAACAAAGAGCACCAAGAAAGACUUGAGCACCAAGAAAGACUCGUCGUAUCGCGAGAUCGACACUAAAUUUGAAAUAAUUUGGACCACCGAAAGUCUUCCGGAAAAUCUCACACAUCUACAUCACGAAUCAUCGUCAGAAGAGGAACGCGAGACGAGCACCGCAUCUUCUAUUCUCUUAGAGAAUAUCACAAAUGAUUUCGAUCGUGCAAAUUUUUCAAUGAAAUCCACAACUUAUCAAUAUGAUAGCGACGCAACCGAGUCCAGAUUUGACGAGGAUCAUCUUAAUGCGAAAAUUAUACCUGGUCAAGAAGAUUCGACGAAUUCAGGGAGCGACGCUACCGUCUCCACCGGAACUGUUGCGAUCUUUGAACCGCAGUCGGAUGUGCUUCCUCCGGAACAAAAGGAAUCUCAUCCAACGAAUAAUAAUUCGCUCACCGCAAAUCAUGAUGACACGACUGCAGAUAGUACUUUAUUGCUUGACGAACCGGCGACUGAAGUAACCGAAAGUGAUUCAACUUUCGCAGACCAAGAAAUGAUGACAUCAAAUUUCGCGAACGAGAUUCGAGAUAACACGACACCAGACGCUGAGCAUUUUGGGAAGGACGCGUUUUUACCGUUACGCAUAAUUAUGUAUGCACCGCAUCUACAUAAAAACGGCAAAAAGAUGAAAAAGUACACGCAUAUGAUUCUGAAGGUCGGCGAUCCCGAUUUUCAUAAGCACCCCGAUUCAGGAACUGACGUUGCAUCACUACCGGAUGUCAAUGCUCACAUAACAAGCUUCGAAGAAUAUGAUUGGCAAACAACGGAAGCAGAUGAAGAAAAUAUUAAUCAGACGUAUACAUUCAAUGAAAAUGAAAGCCCGGGAUUGUACGGCGAAGUAGCGGACUAUUGGAAGAGUUAUGAAGAUAAUGACAUCGCUGACCAAAAUGAAACGUUUAAUGAUACUUACAACUCUACGACUAAUUACAAUGAGGAACAUCGUUCUGAUGUCAACGAUUACGCGACGAGUCUUUUGAAGUCGGAAGAGAGCUAUUUAAUUACAAAUGUCACAGAAAAUCCCAAUGUUGAAAGUUCUAUUGAUCUACAAAAUAUCGACGAUUCAAGCACGAUUGAAUCUUCCAGACCGAUUAAUGAGAACGAGCAGAUCGAUAAGAAAGAGGAGAUACGAUAUAAAUUAAUUGAACAUUACAAUAAACUUUUAUCUUGGAUCGAUUAUAGAUUAAAUAAAUAA